UGUAUAGAACUUCCGGUACAGAUGAUAAUGAAGAAUUAAAAAUAAAACUGCUUAAUUGUGUUUUUAUUUUGAGGAUGAUUUCCUCAGAGUUAUCACACGAAGAAGAAAAGCUUAUAGAUACGUUUUGCAAGAAAGUGAACACAUACCGCCAACAUGAGAGUAAGCCACCAAUACCACGAAAUACGGCCGUCAAAUUCCUUAUGGCUAGGAAAUUUGAAUACAACCGUGCUGCAGAAUUGUACCAUGCACAUGAGGACAUGCGGGAGAAAGAAAACCUGCAAUUCAUUGACGUUGCAGAGGCACCUUUUCAGAAAGAAUUGAAGACUGGCAAGUUUACAGUUCUGUCCGGUAGAGACUGUCAUGGUGCAGGUAUUGCGCUGUUUACCGCCCGGCUACACCAACCAAGUGAGACGACCCACCAGACUGUGCUGAAGGCUCUCAUUUACCUGCUGGAUGCUGCUUUGGAGAGCCGUGAGACUCAACGUAAUGGUCUUGUGUUUGUUUACGACAUGUCUGACUCUAAGUAUGGAAACUUUGACUACGACCUCAGCAUUAAGAUACUCAACAUGUUGAAGGGUGCAUAUCCAGCGAGACUGAAAAAAGUUCUCAUCGUGACUGCUCCACUCUGGUUUAAAGCCCCCUUUAAGAUACUGCGCCUCUUUGUCAGAGAAAAACUGCGAGAUCGGGUGUACACAGUGAACCAAAACCAGUUGCUAGAACACAUUCCUAGGGACUCGCUGCCCAAUAAGUUUGGCGGCAACCUUAAGGUCGACCACAAGCACUGGCUGCAGGUUUGUGCCAUCAUCCACCAGACAAAUGACCAGGAGGUCAUCAACGCGUACUUUGUGUCGCGCAAACGAUCAUUGAUGUCGCAAGGUUCGAGCGAUAAUUCUGAGUUUGUUCACAUCGAUGGUAUCGAAUCUGAGGACUCGAAAGAGAGUGUGACUGAAAAACAGAGCAAUGAAGGGCAUGAAAAGAAUGAUGUCAUUGAUAGAAAUGGCUUUGAAAAGGAAGUUAACUUUGAAAAGGAGGACAAUCGUAAUCACUCUAAACGAAGACGCAAUUCUGGUAAUCAGACAAGUAAGCAUUCUAAUGGUUGGUCUCCCAAUGACGUCAAUGAAUCUUACCCAGUAGAUGCGUAUGGUGCUCCCAAACCAUGCAAGAAGCGGUCAGGGUCAGGUGCUGACCAGUCAAUGCAAAUCCCAGAGCAGGGGGGCAUGACUGUAGAGGAGCUGGUAGAGCAUGUUAAAUCCCUUGGCAAGAAAGGCCUGCAUGAAGAAUAUGGCCUCAUAAGAAGGGAACCACCUGCGGGUACCUUUGAAGUUUCAAAGGCCAAGCACAAUGUGCCCAAGAACCGCUACUCUGACGUGCUGUGCCUGGACCACUCACGGUUCAUACUGCCUGCUGAGGAGAACGACCCCUCCUCAGACUAUAUUAACGCUAACUUUGUUGACGGGUACAUGCAGAAAUAUGCCUAUAUCAGCACACAGGGUCCAUUGCCGAAGACGUUUGCCGACUUCUGGCGGAUGGUUUGGUUGUCCCAGUGCGUCACAAUAGUGAUGACUACCAAGACGCAGGAGAAGGGUCGUGUAAAGUGUGGUCAGUACUGGCCGGAGCAGACCGGUUUGCUGGAGUGUGGAGAGUUCAUAGUGACCAGCACAGCUAUUGAGCAGAAUAGAGAAUACACUAUCACAACGCUAAGGCUACUUAAUACUAAUACUUCAGAAUUGCGGUCAGUUCAGCACCUACAGUUCACAAGCUGGCCGGACUAUGGGAUUCCGCCAGCCUCUGGGUUCCUGGAAUUCAUACUGCGUGUUCGAGCAUGCCAGGCUGAGAACACCCGGCUACUGGAACCUUCAUGGCAGGGACACCCGCUGGGGCCACCCAUGGUUGUACACUGCAGUGCUGGCAUUGGACGAACAGGUACCUUCAUCAACACUGACAUCAGUCUAAGUCGCUUGGACCACAUCCACACGGUGAAUAUUCGUGAGACGGUACGCCGGAUCCGAUCACAGCGCGCCUUCAGCAUCCAAAUGCCAGACCAGUAUGUGUUCUGUCACCUUGCUGUGAUAGAGUACGCCAAAAAACAUGGACUCCUUAGUGAAGAGUGUCCUGUAUUGGAAGACAGCGACAGUGAAGGGUUUUAACCAGAUCUGUCAAGGACUCUGUGACGCAGAAAAAUGCUAGGCGGAUAAAAAGUUGUUUGUUUUUCAUUAACACUCCUAAAAUAUGAGAAAGACAGGUGGUCCAUAAUUUGUGUUUCAUUUGAAAAAAGUACCAUCCAGUUGUUAUUACCAAUUUAAAUAAGGACGUUCAAUGCAAAAAGUUUCUCUCUGCCCAAAAGUAUUUUAUUUGUAAACGUUAAAUUUGCUAAUAUGAUCAAAUGUAGCUAAAAAGAUUGAAAACUUAUCCUGGAAUACAAAAAGGUUGAGACAUUGUUAUCAAAUAAGGGUCUGUUGUGCUAGUGGAAACAAACACAUUUUUAACACCUUAUGAGUAAUAUUAUGUGCAAUCAGUUUUUUCUUUGUUGUUUAUUGUUAAAAUUGAUUUAGGGCCAUGUUUUCCUGUUGAUCUGUAUUGUGUCUGUCUGAACAUUAACAUGUGUGUAAAUUGUACAUAUUUUUAGCUCACCUGAGCACAAGGUGCUCAUGGUGAGCUUUUGUGAUCGCCUU